UGAUAGUGAUAUCAGUAACAAUGAAGUGUUUGAAGAAAAUGCGUUUAUGGAUGAAGAAAAAGCAGAAGCAGUUACUAAAAGCAGACAAGCUGCUGCAGGAACAAUUAAUAUUAUGAAUUUUUUUUCUAAAGAUGAAAAAUUCGAUCUAGAAAGUAGUGAUAAUGACAACCAAGAUGUAGACUGUAUUGAUGAUGAUGACCAAGAUGUAGACUGUAUUGAUACAGAAAAUAAUCAGCAGCAAAGUAUUGAGAAUAAUCAGCAGCGAAGUAUUGAUAAUAAUCAGCAGCAAAAUAUUGAUAACACAAUCAAGAAAAUUGAAAUAAUGAUAAAAAAUGAGAAGCCUAGAAAGGUUGAACUAGUGCAUUAUCAAUCAGUUAUCUGGUAUUUGCGUUUAUUGCAAAAUGGAAAAAAUAAAACAGAAUCUAAUGAAACUGUCACAACAGUUUAUAAUAAAGGCAAAUAUUAUACUCGAUGCGUAAGAAGAUGGGCUGCUAUAUGUUUAAAGGCAAUGGCACCUGAUGCAUUAAAUGCAAAGAAAAUGAAUCUGUAUCCUGGUGGUAAUCAACCAUUAAUGCGUUCAACAAUGUGGAAUGGUCAUAAACAAAAAAUGGGUUUUCUUUCUGAUUAUGAAAAAAAAGAGUUACGAGGUCAAGCAAAAGGUUGUUUUACAAGAACGCGGGUUAUGGAAAGAAGGGCUAUUAGCUGA